AUGUCCGAGCGAAAGGCGAUAAACAAGUACUACCCACCAGACUAUGAUCCAUCGAAAGUCGUUAAAAAGAAAAAGAACCCAAAUCAGACAAUAAAGAUUCGUAUGAUGGCGCCGUACUCGAUGCGGUGCUUGAGAUGCAAUGAAUAUAUCGCAGAGAGAAGAUCCUUCAACGCCAGAAAGGAGGUUACGCCAGAACGAUAUUUGAAUAUCAAAAUUGUUCGAUUCUACAUCACUUGUCCUGGCUGCAACAAUACAAUUACUUUCAAGACAAACCCUGCCGAAGCUGGCUACACACCAGAGGAGGGUGCAGUACGAAACUUUGAACCGUCCAAGAAAAAGAGAAAACAGGAAUCGGAAGAUGACUUGUUGAAACGAUUACAGAGUGAAGAAGAGGAGGAUAAGAAGUACCAGUUAUUGAUGAAGAAGCGGAAAAACAACCCCUUUUGGAAGGAACUGGAUGAGACUGGCGGCGAUGUGAUGGAAAAGUUUGAAAAGAGGUUGAUUGAGCAGCAGCGACAGCAAGAGUUGACAGCAGAGCUCGAAGCGAUUCAACAACAGGUUGAUGAAUCAAAUUCAAGGGAUGACGAUGAAGUUUUGUCAAAGUUGCUUGCUGAAGAGAAGGAGAGCGAGGAGAAUAAGUCAGGCGCAUCAAAAGGGACGCCGUUAAGCACCACGCCCUUAACCCCUUUGAAAAUACCGUCAAAAAUAAUCAUCAGGAAAAAGAACAACGCCUUGCCAAACUUGGACUACAGUAGUGAUAGCGAAUAG